AUGUCUCUGGACAUCUGGCCUCCCGUUUCGCCAGCCGAGCUCAAGAUAAAAGUCGCUGAAACCCAGAAACGCGAGCUGGCAUGGAUUGUCGGGAGGACGUUGAAGGCCUGCGAGGACCUCAAGCAUGGCCUGGAAGACUGCUAUGCGCUGCUGGCGCCGGUUGAUCCUGGCAGCACGCUGGUCAUGAGCACGCCGCGCAACGAACGGGUCAAGGGCACCAUCACUCGGGUCGGCACGCGCAUUGUCAAGGGAACCCUCAGCCUCCAAUUUCGAACCAUUGCGCCGCAGACGCUCACCCUCUCGCAAUCCUUCCCCGUCCACAUCCACGUCCUCGACGCCCUCCACACCCAUCUAACCGAAUCAAUUGACCUCCUCGGCCUGCUUCUCUCCAACAAUCCCAUAUCCGACUCCGCCUCCGAAGCCAAUGCCUCCUCCACAGCAAACGCAGCCCAGGCCCUCUCAUCGGGGAUGCGCGUCCUCGCAGACUCCAUAACGUCCUCCAUCGCCCUUCUCAAGGGACCGCCCCUCAACGAGGCAGACACAAGCUGGACCACGCAGUCCUGCCCCCCUUCGCACUUUACACCACCCUUGACGCAAAACUUUAGCUUCUACAUCACGCUCCAGGAGUGCAGCAUCGUCCUCCUCAUGCGCGCCCUCGAGCCCGUCCACGCUCCCGUCCACUUCGGCACGAAGCUCGGCCUCGCUAUCGGCACGUUCCGGCGCCUCGAGCACGACGAGGUGGACAUCAUCUUCAAGUACAAGCCCGGGGGAGACGACUAUUCCGAUACCAAGCGGGUUUCCGCCAACCACACAGUUGACCCGCCGGCUGCUUCAAGACCACAAACAGCAAAUGCGCAGCUGGAGGAAGUCUACGUGCGAGAAAAAGUCCGCGUAGAGAGCGCAGACCCCAGCCUCAUCUCUCUGUAUUCGAAAUUGGGAUACCUUAGCAUCGUGUUAGACCAGGCGCGGCGGAAUUUGGAUGCUGUCAUGAAUUUGCAGCUUAAAGAAUAUACGAAAUAG